AUGUCCACCCCGGGUGUAUCCGAAAUCGUCCCCGCAGGGGCCAGUGACGGCGGGGAUGUCGCACCUAAGCCGAAAGGAAAGCCCCCCAAGGGACCUGGUGGCGGUAGAGGCGGAAGAGGUCGCGGUAGGGGUAGGGGGGGUGCCCUUGGCAAGGAGAAGGGUAAAAGAACCGCAGAGGAAGCCGAGAUCACUGAGGAGAAGGAACCGGAGGAGGACAAGAAACGAUUCAAGUGGAAAGGGAGUCUGGCCAAAGAUUUGAGGUACAUGAUGUACGGCUUUGGCGAUGCUGAGAAUCCCCUCCCUGAGACGGUUGACCUCGUUGAGGAGCUGACCAUAGAUUACCUCACCAAGUUCGCUAAGAAGGCCAUGGAGGCGGCCAACAGGCGUGGAAGAUUGCAGACGGAGGACCUGCUCUACGUAAUUCGCCACGAUGAGAAGAAGUUGGCACGCUGCAUGGAGCUUCUGGAAAUGAACGAGCAACUCAAGGAGGCUCGGAAAAACUUCGACACCACCGACGCAGGCGCUGCUGACGCUGCGGAUGCUGCGGACGAGUGAGCGGCGCUUCACGCUGAGGGAAGCACGGAUCGGGCUGCAGUGCGGAGACAGCUCAAAAGUCUGAGAAAAAAAAAUGUAAACAUA